AUGCCUCAAAAGCGCAAGCGAGCAGAACAAAACCCCGCUGAUUCCGAUUCUCAGCAAUCCGCUGCUAUUUCUGCCUCCGCACUCAAACUCAAAACGACCUCUCCUAAACCCACUGUCGCGCGUCGAGCAACGCGUCAAACCCCGGUCCCACCGCCAGCAUCGUCAGCACAGCUUCAGCUUCAGCUUCAGCCUCAACCUCAACCACGCACUGAAACUGCUGUUCUGCCGCCUUCAAUACCGACCUUAUUGUCCAGUUCACCAAGGACGACUUCUCCAACCCAGAAUCGCAAGCGUACACCGAUAACCCGUUCUCAGCCGUCCAAGGCGCAAUCCAGUACUGCUGCCGCCCCAGAUCAAGUGCCAUCGCGAUCGCACAUAUCCCCUCCUGUACUGCGAUGGGCUCCGCUUGAACAACCAGGCACAGCAAUAAGGCCUCCUUCAGCAACCAUGACAGCCGUUCCACCUCCACGACCUACUGUUGCUGGUGGUCGUCCGCUUUCAGAUUUAGUAGCGCCUGAAAUUACUUAUCACGUCCCUCAUUCGCAUACAAACUCAUUGCAGCGACAUUCAGCUCUUGUCCGACCUCAUGGCCCUACAGCGCAACCACCGCGUAUGCUCGAACGACCGCCGCCUCCUACAGUCACACCAGUCCACCCUCCAAAACCACCUCAAGCCCCAUCCGUACGCCCGCCUCUGCGAACCGACCGCAACAUAGACAAAGUCGUUCUAGGUAAUAUGUGCUUUAGCACGUGGUACCCCAGCUGUUAUGGAAAGGAAGUGCUCGGCGAGUCAUCAGGGCAUCCAGCCAAGACAGGCAGCAAAGAGGCAGGCGCCAAAGGCCAGGUCACUGGAGGUACAUCGCCACCCGCAGUUGAUCGUCUUUACGUCUGCCCCAGCUGCUUUAAAUACUCCAAGGAAUUAGUCGCAUGGUGCCAUCACGUUCAUGUAUGUGAGCGGAAAGCUCAAAUACCAGGACGUAAGGUCUACAUUCACCCGCAAGGGCGCAGAAAGAUUCUGGUGCCGUAUGAUAACAAGGCUUCUGGACCCAAGCGGCGGAAGGGAGAAGGAAACAUUCGAUAUGCAGAAGAGUUGGUACAAGACGAGGGAGAAUGGAGCAUUUGGGAGGUGGAUGGUGAGAAGGAUGGGCUCUUUUGCCAAAACCUGUCGCUCUUUGCGAAGCUCUUUCUCGACAACAAGUCUGUGUUCUUUGAUGUUACGGGCUUCAACUACUUUUUGCUCGUCUAUACACCCCCGGCACGGCCCCCGCUCAUGUCGACAGAACCUGAACUCCCACUCCCUCGCAUCAUUGGUUUCUUCUCCAAAGAGAAGAUGUCAUGGGACAGCAACAACCUCGCCUGCAUCCUUAUCUUUCCUCCAUGGCAGCGCAAGGGCCUCGGCGCCCUGCUAAUGGGAGCUUCGUACGAAAUCUCGAGAAGAGAAGGAAUCCUGGGCGGACCUGAAAAGCCUAUUUCGGAUCUUGGCAGAAAAGGCUACAAACGUUACUGGGCUGGCGAAAUCGCAAGAUGGCUGCUAAAUAUCGAGUUAGACACCAAGAGCACUGAGAACGAAGUCCUCGUAGACCUCAAUGACUGCAGCAAAGCGACAUGGAUUCUACCCGAAGAUUGUCUGCCGGUGCUGCGAGACAUGGGUGUUGUUGAAGAAGCAGGUAUGGGUCCUAGUAAGCCCGAGGAGAAGCUUGUCAAUGAUGCAGAAGCAGAGGAAAGCAAACACGAGGGGGCGAGGACUUCGCCUGCUGCUGACGGAGUUGAUAAAGGUGUGGUUACAGUGGUAAAGACAGUGCCGCGAGUGCGGAUAGACAAGCAGGCAGUUCGUCGAUAUGUGGCAGAGAACCGGAUCAGCCUGGAGCGUGUGUGCGAUCCUGCCGGGUUUGAGGAGGGCUACGCGAUCAAAGCGCCCGAGUUAGUAGAAGAUGAAGUGGAAGAGGAAGAGUGA